GACAGGUAAAGGAGACCCAUUUGGGCCCCACCAGUCUCAGUGUCGUGCCAGACGUUGUUGGGAGCAGUGUACGUACUCUACUUUACUUCUGUGUUCGAGUAGCCCACCACGGUAACACCGCCUUGCAUUCAAGGAUGACUCGAGCGAGAGCAUGGGCGUCCACCAUGUUGCUAGCGGCAGCCGUUGUGGGUGUGGUGGCUGAACUCCGACCUGGGCUACGACACCCAAGACAGGCGACCCCGCCAUCUAGCGACGAGGAGCGGCAGUGUCUACUGGAUAUCUUUGCGGGCAUCAGCAGGCCCGAGUGCCAGAAAUACGUCACUCCUACCCAACCCAAGCCCCCAGUGCUACAGCCGACUCAACAGCUGCCAUCCCAAGACUGCGUGUGUGCUCGCCACUGGCACUGCAAGGACAAAGGUGCUCAAGCACCAGACGAUAAUGGCGACCUGGUGGGCAUCGUGAACGUGAGGAGUGCGGGCGGGAACACCUGUGUGGUGGUGGAGGACAUCUGUUGCCGCGACAUAGACACCAGCCUGCCCCCACCUCGUCCCAGGAACAUCUACACUCCUGCGUGUGGCAACCGCAACCCCAAAGGAGUGGGUGGCAUCUUUAAGGGAUUUACGGAAAGCUAUGCGCAGUUCGGAGAGUUCCCGUGGAUGGUGGUGGUGAUGACGGCUGACCAGCCGCUGGGGAGCGGCCAGAACGCCUACAUCAGCGGAGGUUCCCUCGUCCACCCGAGCUUCGUGAUGACUGCUGCUCACUACGUUGCUGAUAAGGCAGCGAAGGACGUGGCUGUGAGACUGGGAGAGUGGAACAUUAAAGCACCCACUGAGCCCAUAAAACAUCAGGAGAUUUUGGUGAGCCAAAUCCACCUACAUCCAGACUUUAACCCGAAGAGCCUUAAGUACGACGUGGCUCUCCUGCAGUUGAAGCAGCCUGCCCAGCUGGGGCCGACCGUCGACACCAUCUGCCUGCCCAGCCCUUUUCAGAAAUUCGAUGGAUCACAAUGCGUCAGCUCUGGGUGGGGCAAGGAUAUAUUUGGCCAAGAAGGAAAAUACCAACAGAUCCUCAAGACGGUGACCUUGCCAGCGAUGAACCACAGAUCGUGCGAGGCGGCGCUGCGCCGGACCCGCCUGGGGUCCAACUUUAUCCUGGACCAGACCUUCAUGUGCGCUGGCGGGCAGCGAGGCAAGGACCUGUGCACGGGUGACGGAGGCUCUCCUCUCGUCUGCCCAAAACCCGGAGACCCCAACCGCUACGUCCAGGCGGGCAUCGUGGCGUGGGGUAUCGGGUGCGGCACUGAGGGGGUCCCCGGGGUGUACGCGGACGUCAGCCAAGCCAUGCCCUGGAUUAACCAGGUGGUCCAACUCGAACCGGAAUUUGACAUCCGCUUUGGUCCCGUCCCAUAAUGAAAGCCUCGGAUUGACACGGCAGACGAGUCUAAGAUAAUUGUUUGGGCUUAUUGCAUCUGGACAUGUAUACUGCAGUGUCCAGAUGAUAGGCAUUAUUUGUUAACUUUAUGCAACAGUUAAAAAAUACAGUAUAAAUGAUACUAUAAGACUUUUGAGUUUAAACCAUCAAGAUGUAUAUCAAGGAAGGAUGGAUGGGGUGAAAUUAGGUGCAAAACAGUGCACAAACAGCAAUGCUUCGUCAGAGAACUUAUUGUUUCUACACACAGACCAGGUCAUCACCAGAUACCCUGACUAACAGCGAGAACAGAAUAUCGGGGAGGCACCAAGUCUCUUCCAUCAAUAUCCACCUCGCCUAAUGCUCCUGUCAGCAACUAACUUCACCUCAUUCUUCUUGAAUAUAUAUUCUGUAACGUCAGUUAACUUGUAUUCAUUUCAACUGUUCCUUUAAAAAGUCGAUAGGCUGAAAUAAACUCCUUUUAGCGUCAGGCCAAAUUGCAAAAUGGACUUUGGAGAAUUUACUUUUCUACUUUUCAAGUGAAGAACAUCCUAAGAAAUAGAAAAUAUUCGUGCUAGGACCAUUGAUCAAACCUUUUGUCGUAUUCAAUAACACACAUCAAAUGUGUAUGCAUGUGUGUAUAUGUAUGUAUGUAUAUAUAUAAUAAUAUAUAUAUAUGUGCAUGGUAUGGGGUACAUAAUACACGAACUAAACUACAAUUAAGGAAAGUGUGUGUGCUGUGCACAUAAUUAACUUAAUGAAUCGAUAAAAGUUCCUUGUUCGGUAUACUGUAUAUUGUUAUAAAACCAUCCUCGAUGCCUUUAAAAGACCGUAUUAAAGGUACACGUUACAA